AUGACUUUGGUGAUUGGUUGCUACGAAGCAGACCUGCGUGUUUUGUUCGGCCCACCGGGCAGAUCAAAUGUUCUGAUUUACCUCACAAGAAUUGUAUCCUUCUUUUAUUCACAGGUAACUGUUGCUUUGAGUUUGAGAUGCUAUCAUGUAAACAGCCUGGGUUUGACAACAACUCCAGCAGUCAGUGAAGACAUUCCAACUACAGUAGCGGAUGCAUCCAGUGCUUCCACAUCGGAAGGGCCAGCAGCAAAUGCAACAACACAAAGCAACAAUAGCAAUGCAACAACAGGGGAAACAUCUACAACAAAUGGAUCUACAACAAAUGGAUCCACAACAGAAAAAGCAUUCACAACGCAAUUACUCGACCCAACUAAUGCAGCAACAACAGAAGCACUCACAAUACACAUAAACACCACAGAGGCAUCCACAACACAAAUUCCAACUGAAGUAUCCACAAAUGAAGCCACAACCAAGACACAAACAAUCAAUACCUCCACAACAGAAGCAUCCACAACACAAAGUCCAACUGAAUUAUCCACAAAUAAAGCCACAACCAAGACACAAACAACUAAUACCUCCACAACAGAAGCAUCCACAACACAAAGUCCAACUGAAGUAUCCACAAAUGGAGCCACAACCAAGACACAAACAACCAAUACCUCCACAACAGAAGCAUCCACAACACAAAGUCCAACUGAAGUAUCCACAAAUAAAGCCACAACCAAGACACAAACAACCAAUACCUCCACAACAGAAGCAUCCACAACACAAAGUCCAACUGAAGUAUCCACAAAUGGAGCCACAACCAAGACACAAACAACCCAUACCUCCACAACAGAAGCAUCCACAACACAAAGUCCAACUGAAGUAUCCACACAUGGAGCCACAACCAAGACACAAACAACCAAUACCUCCACAACAGAAGCAUCCACAACACAAAGUCCAACUGAAGGACCCCCAACAGAAAAUAUGCCAACAACUAAUGCAGCAGCAACAGAAGCAUCCAUAACACAAAGUCCAAAUGAAGUAUCCACAAAUGAAGCCACAAACAAGACACAAACAACCAAUACCUCCACAACAGAAGCAUCCACAACACCAAUUCCAACUGAAGUACCCCCAACAGAAAAUAUGCCAACAACUAAUGCAGCAGCAACAGAAGCACUCACAAUACAAAUAAACACCACAGAGGCAUCCACAACACAAAUUCCAACUGAAGUACCCACAAAUGAAGCCACAACCAAGACACAAACAACCAAUACCUCCACAACAGAAGCAUCCACAACACCAAUUCCAACUGAAGUACCCCCAACAGAAAAUAUGCCAACAACUGAUGCAGCAGCAACAGAAGCAUCCAUAACACAAAGUCCAACUGAAGUAUCCACAAAUGAAGCCACAACCAAGACACAAAUAACACUUGAAGAACUAUUGCACCAGGUGACGGUCAAUCUCAGCCUGGAGGAGAGCCAAACGAUCCUUGAAGAGGUGCAAACCAUUCUAGACAGCGACUCUGAAGUGGCUGAAGCAUCUGACCUGAUCUCGUUGGUCGACGUUUACGCCACCAUCGGCAAUACAGACAAGCUGCAGAACGCUACCUUGGAAGACUCCACAUCAUUUGUACAGGCAAGUCUGUCGGUAGCAAAUUCACUUCUGGACGACAGGUACACAGGCUUCUAUCAGGACGCCAAUGGCUCUAGUGAAGCACAGACGAUCUCUCCAGCCAGCAAAGUUAUGAGUACCACGGAGCAGCUGAUGAGAUCCCUUGCUGAGCAGAUACUUGCAGAAGGCGGGGAGUCCUUCAACUCCAGCAAUGACAAUAUCGCUACUGAAAUCAAGAAGUGGGAUGGCAGCGGAAAUCCUGAGCCACUAUCGGUCCCAGCAGAAGACCAGUUUAGCACAAGCAUCGCUACUCAAGCCAUCAUCCCAGCUGAGUUGUUUAAAGCAUAUCAGGGCCUUGCCAUUGUAUCCGUCCUGUACCGAAAUCUGGACAAAGUCAUUGGGAAUUCAUCUCAGACGGACGUAGAGGAGGUCUUUGCAUCGGGGAAGAGUGGCAGUACUUCAGCGGAGAUUGCCGUCUUGAGUAAAGUCCUAAGCAUCUCUGUAGUACCUCAGCCAGCUGAUAUGAGUUUAUUCAAAAAUUUCCCCGUCAAUAUGACCUUCCAGACUCACGUUAAACAGGUAAACGCUGAAAGACCCAAUGACAGUGCUGUAGACACAGACACAGCUGCAUGCGUCUACUGGGACAUCACGAACUCAUCAUCUGGUGAAAGUUGGUCAUCCAGUGGAUGUUCUUUCAUCAGAGGCAAUGUCAACUACACCAUGUGUGCGUGCCGCCACCUGACCAGCUUUGCUGUCCUCAUGCAAGUCAGGGACAUCAAGAUAUCCAAACCUAACCAGAUGGCUUUGAAUAUUAUAUCAUACAUCGGCUGCAGUUUGUCCGUAGUUGGCGUCAUAUUAUUGGUCGGAACUUUUGCUUUCUUAAACAUACACACUGAGCGUGUGUUAGUCCACAUCAACCUAGCCGUAGCCGUGGGCCUGGCUCGCAUCAUGUUUCUUCUCUUGGAUUCCCCGCCAAGACACAGUGAUGCGUGCAUAGUGGUUGCCAUGGUAAUCUACUACACCAACAUGGCCAGUUUCUUCUGGAUGUUGAUUGAGGGUGUUCACCUCUAUCUGCAGGUCGUGGUUGUGUUUAAUAUCGAGAGGAGCAAGCUCAGACUGUACAUGCCUGUUGCUUGGGGAGUUCCGAUCAUCCUGAUGUCUGUCACAGUUGGUGUAUUCUCGAACAGCAUUCGCAAAUCAGAUGUAUGCUGGCUGCAAUCCUCGGAUAACUCCAUUUGGAUGUUUGUGGCGCCCAUGCUGGCCGUCGUAGCAGCCAACACCUUUAUUCUCAUACGUGUGGUCCGGGUCAUCUUCAAACUCACUGCUGCUAAUGCAACAAGCGGACUCAGCCAAACAAAACAAGUAGCUAAAGCUACCUUGAUGCUGCAGCCAGUGCUGGGUGUGACCUGGAUAUUCGGUGUGCUAUCCCUCUCAUCAUCUCUCCUCAUAUUCCAAUAUCUCUUCACAAUAUGUAACUCGUUUCAAGGGGUGCUGCUGUUCCUGUUUUACUGUGUUUUCAACUCAGAGGUCCAGGACACUUUCAAACGACGCAAGGCAAACUGGGAAAUGUUCAACAGGAGCACGAAAUCAUCCACUGUGGCACCGCUUACGGACUUAAACCGCUCAACAUCGUACAAGCACCCGAGCCAAGGGGGAAGUGGGGCAGCCGUGGAAUCAUCAGUCCUUCCUUUGGAAGAUAUCCCAACAUUUCGGUGAAUAAAUUGCCAAAUGGCAGGUUUUUUUCACGUUGUCAAAUUCAAGUCAAUCACUGUGAAAAUAAAUGUUGAAUUAAGUCAAAUUAAGGUAAAUUAAAAAGUCAAUCUCAAAUCAGAUCACAAAUCAAUCAUAAACCAAAUCACAAUCGAAUUACAAGUCAAUCAUAAGCCAAAUCACCAAAGUCAAUCAUAUGCCAAAUCACAAAUUAAAUCACAAGUCAAAUCAACAGUGAUUAGAAAUGCUUGUGGCUUGACUUGAGUCUGGAUGACUUGUGAUGUCGUCUUAGAUAUUGACCUGGGAUGAUUUGCGAUGACUUGUGAACAUGUAGACGUAAUGCAGAUCUCAAGAUCAUUUACAAAGACAAAUCAGCCACCAUCAACUGCUGUAACUGACACCUCGAGAAUCAUGUAAAUUAUGUUUAUUCAAUAUAAUUUAUAUGCGAUGAUAAGCCGCCCACCUUUUGUUGGGUGUACAUUUCUCACAAUGUUUGUGACUGAGUUUGAUCAAGCUAUCUUAGUUGUACGUGCCUAUUUAUGGGCCCUUCUAAAGUUCACGUUGAAGGUCAUAUUUCACGUUUAUUUGGCGGACAGAACUGGGCCUAUUAAAGUUUCCAACGCUUCAAUUGUUCUCAGAAGAAUAAACACAAGUUCACACACUGUUCAAUUCAAGGCCCUCGAUCAGUUCUAUUUUCUUCAAUAUUGCCUUGCCUACCAUGUUCUUACAGUUUAUGAGAAGCUCCUCUUAUAUCCCAAUAGCUCCAAAACACACAAAAAUAUCCAUAAGUCGAGAGAAAGUCAAAAAGAAAGCUUGCCAAAGGAUGUCAAAAAGGUUGAAAAAACUUUAGUCCUCCGCACGUCCUAUAACUUGCCAUCCCAUAAUAAUAACAACAAACUUUUCUGUCAACAGAGGGCACUAUAACUGUCUCAAGCGGUGAAUUUGGCACUAACAGUCACCUGACCAACAGUUGUUAUCUCAUUGGUCAUUUACACUUUGAUUGACAGGCAGGAAGAGUUCAUUUCAAACCAUAGGUUAACUGAAAUAUAUUGUAUAUUGUUGUUUCCAAACCAAGUUAGUCAAAUAGUGUGGACUUUACACAGAAGAUAGAUUAAUGACUAGAUGACCCAGUCUUAGCUCUAAUAAAUUGUAUUUUAUUGUAUAUAUCUUUGUUACCAUACUCAGAUUGGAAUAAAAUAGUAUGGAAUAUUCAUUGAGGGAAUUAUUUUGAAAACAAGUUGUAGAUAACCUAACUUCCAAAGAUUGUCAUUUUUUUCAUUGCCUUGUAUAGAUUACCUUUUGUUUAUCGCUGGGUGCCUAGACUCCCUUUUUGCUAAUUAAUUUGUAUUUCAUUAUUCUAUGAUUGAGCAUUUAUCACAUAAGGGCCAAGUCGUACAAUGUAAUUUUCAAAUGCAACUGUGAGGCAACCAACUGUACAAAAUCUGUGAAUUGAAUUAUUGUAAAAUAGUGCAUUCUGAUGUUGUGUUUGAACAAAACUUCAAUUGAAAGAUAACGCCAUCAUAUCAGAACUGGACAAUGUAUUUUUGUAAAGAUAGUUACAGAUAUUUGUAAACUAUUGUAAAUAUGUAGAGUUUUGUAGCGGUUGCAGCAGAAUAGUUCAA